AUGGCAACCAAGGUGAUUUUGUUCUCCGUCUUUCUGAUCUUUUUUACAUAUUAUUUCACAGAGGUUUAUUCCCUAGUGGAAUUUACAAAUGUACAGUGCGAGUCUCUGGAUAAGGAUUUUGUCUUGUUUGAAUAUUGUUUUUUGAAAUCUGUAAACCGAUCUUUCAAAUAUGUUUCCGUUAAAGGUAAACUUCUACAGAUACCCAUAACCAAAGUCAAGCUGCAAAUUACUCUAUAUAAACGGGUGAAUAGCUAUAUGCCUUUUCUCUACAAUAUAACUUUUGACGGGUGCAGAUUCCUUAAGUCGACGAAUCCUAAUCCCAUUACUCUUUUUUUUCACAAUAUUUUCAAAGAUUAUUCCAACAUAAACCACACUUGUCCCUAUAACCAUGAUCUUGUGCUGGAUAAGAUGCCAUAUCAUAGUGUAAAUAAUAAGUUUACCAAAAUACUUCCCUUUCCGGAGGGGAAUUAUAUGCUUGAAAUGCACUGGAUAGCCUACGACAUUGAUCGAGCUGUAACUAAAUUCUAUUGGUCUCUUACUUGA